CACUCCUCUCCCUCGUCGCCCUCCUCGCCUUUCUCGUUCUCUUCGCCAGCCUUCGACACGGUCAUGUCCGACGCACUCAUGCUCAGUCUGCUCGCCGACCUCAUAUUGGACGAGACCUCGUUCAAGUCUCGCCCCGUCCACCGUUUUUCAGCGCCAGCCCAGACGCCCGCACCACUCUCGAAGGCACGCAACCGGCGUCUCCAACCAGUCACCGCCUCAGCCGAGCUGCCAAGCCUUCUGGCCGCCAAACCGGCUGGACCGACCGGUCACGGACUCGGUCUCGGAGCAGCUAUGCCAAGUAAGGAUCAUGCCAUUGUUGGUGUUAGUCCUAGUGCUAUUGCCAAUGCCCAAUUCGGUGUCAGUGUUGGUGCCAGUGCCAGUGCUAGUGCCAGGUUUAGGGUCAGCGCCUCCCAACCUGCGGGACUCGAACCAUGGACUCGAGGCUUCACCGGCCACAAGCGUCAACUUGCGCGUGGAAACGCGCUACAAACCGGUGCUCGUUCAGACUGGCAACGCUGGCAGACACAACCGCCUAGGCCUGCAGGCGUCUGCCGCGAUGCGCUCACGGUUCGAGUCCCGCCGGCCGAGUCGAACCAGCAACCCGGUCCCUCUGUCGGGUCGUGUGCCUUGGCCGACUCGAGCCCCAAUCCUGGCACACGCUGGCCCGGCCUGACUGGCCACUCCAGCCUCCAUUUGGUGACAACCUUUGGAGGCAUCCAACCGCGUGGCAACGCUCAAUCCUCAAACAAACAUUGUCUUUUCCCCUUUCUAGACGUCCACUUGGCGCGCAGCAACAAUGUCAACCCGGUUCUUGAGACCAUCGACUACUGGAUUGACAGGUCAGCCGUUCUUCAAGUCUAUCCCAACACCGUUUGCUCUAUUCGCAUUAGCACAGCCUAG